GGUUUCGAAAAUUCACAUCUCAGCUGUGGGUAAUUUCUCGCAUACUAGCUCUUUUUUCGGCACAGAUGAAUUUCUUUUCGACGACUUGAAGAGGUAUAAACAGGUUUUAAGAUGGCAGAAGACGAAGUGAAGAAAACAGGAGGCCAAGUUGAUGAACUUUGUUUGGCUCUUAUUGAUGCUGCCAACGAUAAAAAGCAUGAAGUGCGACAGAUGAUCAUGACAUCUCUGCAUGAACUUGGAAAGAAACAACCGGAAAUGGUUCUAAGUGCUGUCAAAGGGUAUCUCGUCAAACAUCAGAAGCUCAGUCAGGGUCAUAGGGUUGUUCUCCUGAAUUCAGCUUCAAAGAUUAUUCAUGACACACUAAGUACACUGUCACUGGGUUUAGGAAAGCAAAUGAUCAAGUUGGCUUCAGCAGAGAUGACCAAGAGCAAGGAAGUAGAGCCUGAUUGGCAGUCUGCAGCCUCUGAGGUGUUAGUUGCUCUGGGAAAAAGGUUUGAUCAUGAGGUUAUGGCAGAGCUCCUGGACAAGUUAGCUCCUGGCACACUGCCCCACUACUUUGUUGUGCAGACUCUGGCAUCGUUCUCUAUUUCUAAUCCCUAUGGUGUUGUGCCUUUCCUGAAAGACAUCCUUGGCCGCAUGUUGCCCAUGAUGGGAAUGGCCAAACAAGACAAUUUGAAAUGGGUCAUUGCUAACUGUCUUGCCAGAUUUUGUGAGAGCAUUGUUGACUAUGUUGCAAAUGCAGAGAAUGCACCAUACCCUGAUAUUGCAAUUGACAGGUUUUAUGGUGAAAUAUCAUCAGCUUAUGACAUCUUAUUUAGUGUGUGGAUCAGAGCCAGUGAAGCAAAGAUUAGAUUAGCUGUUGUGGAUGCUAUUGGUCACAUGACCCUCAUUAUGGCAAAAGACAAGCUAGAAGAGCAGUUGCCAAAGUUACUGCCUGGUAUCACAGCCCUGUACAAAAAACACACAGAACACUACCUCAUUACACAGGGUCUUUGUAUGGUUUUGGAAGCUUCUUGUAAAGAUGGUGGUGAAAUACUGUUUCCUUUGGUGGACAAUUUAUUGGGAGGAUUGCACAACAUGGCUUGUAACAUGCCAGAUUUUUCCAAUCCAAUCUCAGUCAAGAAUCACAAUGAAGUUUUGAGAUGUUUUUCUGUUCUUACACCAGCAAUCUCAGACCGUGUCAUUGCAUUCUUGCUUCAAAAGUUGGAGGCUAACAAUGAAAAGACAAGAAUUGCAUCUCUGGCAGUUAUUAAACAUUUAGUCAACUCCUCUGGUUCGUACUUAGAGAACAAAGAAGAACUGAUUAUCGCAGGCGUUCAGAUUCUGUUUAGCGACCAAAACUUGAAGGUGCGACAUAUGUUUGCUCAGUGUAUAACCGCCAUGGCUCAUCAUCGGUACCUUGAGCUGGAAGGCGGCCACAAACUGGUGAAAUUUAUUGUUAAACAGUGUGCACUGAGCGAUGAAGAGAAAACCAGAAGACCAACCGACGCAGAUUCCAUAACUCCUCAAGCUCUUCAAAAGAUGUGUGAAAACAUUCUUUUCCUUCUGACCACAACAGUGGAUGUCAUGGAACCUGUACUGUGGCCAUUCUUACUGGAGUGCCUUGUUCCUGAAUCAUUUACUCCUGCCAUGAAUCCUCUCUGUCGAUGUAUCUGUCACCUGGCAACCAAGAAACAAGAGGAGGAAGCAGCGGAUUUCAGUAUUGAUUUUGAUGCGAAGCCCAACAUACCCAGGCCAGCAGCCAUCAUCUCACGUCUAUUAGUAAUGGCGGGAAUUCCUCUGCCCGGGGAUGGUCGCGGAGAUAACGUGCUGAAGCUUCUUAAGGUUCUGGUACCCAUUCUAGAACCUAACUUGGUUGAGAUGUGGAACGUGGUGAUUCCUAAACUCAUGCAGUAUUUAGAAGAAAACUCGGAGGAUAAAGAGAAAUGGAGUCAAAAGGGUUGGGAGGACUUGGUACUGAAGUUUGUUUCGAAGAGUGUUGAUGAGGUGGAUUCGGAGGAAUGGGUGUGUUCGCUUGGAGCAGAAAUGGCAGAUCAGUUAUCACUCUAUACAAACUUCCCAGAAGAGAAGAACUUCCUCUAUAAGAGCCUUGGUGUAGUUCUGAACAAAGUAGGAAACAAAGAUUUUGUUCAAAAACACCUCAACAUUAUGUUUAGUUCUGUGAAGCAUUCAAGUCAGCUGGAGAGAGAGGGAUGUGCAAUAGGCAUCGGAUUUUCUGCCGGCACCAGUCUUGACCAAGUGUUACUGAAACUGGAGCAGGUGUCUAAAAAUGAGAUGUCCAAAAAAUCUUCAGGAAUCUUGAGUUUUAUGAAGGAUAAAUCCGAUCCUGAAACAGAAAAAAUCAAGAGCACAGUGAUGUUAUGCUAUGGUUAUACGGUCCUGUACGGUCCACCAGGUUUGAUAACGUCCAGACUAGAGACCAGUGUUUUUCGAGUCAUUAGUCGCCAUUACGGAAACGUGAAGGAUAUGCACGUCAAACAAAACCUCAUCCGAGCAACUGAGCUUAUUGGCAAAGCACUGGAACCUGGUCGACUUCAACAACCGGAUUUUACCUUCACGAAAAGAAAGGAACUUAUCAAUCACAUGCUGGCAUAUAUGAAGGCAGAACCGCCGUCCAUGGUCAGAACAGAGACUCGAGCCCUGGCGAUGGAUGCAUGCUCGAGUUUAACGAAACUUAAUCCCAGAUUCACAGAUGCUGAGGUUUUUGAUAUUGUUAAAACAAGCACGGAGUGUGUGUUUGCAGUACACAGUGGAGACCGACCUACAUCUGCAGGAAAACAUCACAAAGUUGAAAUCGACCCGGAGAAAGAUCCCAAUGUGUUACUGAAACAAGCGCUAGAGAGUUUACAAAAGCUGUUGAAAGGACUACUUCUUCAAGAUCCAGUCCCACCUACACUUGAGAACAUUUUUAAGCACAUUCAUGAGCCCUGGUUAGUGUCAUCAGCUGCUGUUGAACGUGAGCGGGCAGUGGAGACGAUACUCGCACUGCUGCAGACAUUCCGCGACAACAUGUUACUGACUGUGGGAGGGAAAACUACUUCGUUCAGCAUGGCUGGUCCCUUGUUGGCUCGCCUCAUUCCCCGUUGUACAGACCCGGUAAUGAUCAUCCGACAAACAGCGGUGGACUGUGUACAGUGUGUGCUGAAAAUAGCUGCGCGUUUUGAAGGUUAUUCUCUGGAAAGUAAGGAUGAACUUGUCGAUGCGUUACCGACUCUCAAAAAAAGAGCAGCAGAAGAUGAUCCCAAUAUUCUGUUUAGCGUAGCAAGUGACUUGUCCAAGGUUGUCGCCAAAAAGCUUCAGAGCGAGCUUAUGUCGUCAUUCGUCCUCACUUUGUUGGAAGGUUUAACAGACAGUCAAUCUCACAGUUCUAGUGGUUCAUGUGUCGUACUCAACAGCAUCAUCAGGAUAAGAGGACAAGAAAUAAAGAAAGAUGCUGCUAAUCUGGUGAAGGAACUCCAUACCAGUCUUGGGAACAUCACACAUGCGCAGACCAGGACGGGAACCCUUCGCGUAUUUAGGACGCUUGCGUCACAUCAUCUAGUUCCCGUUCUCACGGGACUUCUAGAGUUUCCAUUGCCUUAUGACCAGCACGUGCUGGAUAUCUGGAAAACAAUGGCCGGCGAGGCGAACCUAUCCCUUAGUAUUUUCGACUACAUUCUGGAUUUAUCUAUAAGGUCUCUGCCUUACCAAGAGAAACCAAACCCAAAAAACAAGAAAGAAACUAUCAGAAUAGCGACAGGACAGCCUGCUGCGAUCACGUGUGGUUUGACUGAGAUGUUGCGCUCGGAAGAGAGUGGUGAGGUGGUCUUGGAGUAUUUUCCUCGGCUAUUCUCCAUGGCCCUGGUACGUCUUGGUACCUCAGUGGACCUGCUUCCUCCUGAGCCGCCUCAGUCUUCAGGAAAGGACAAGCAGAAGGGACCAAAAGUGGACCCUCUUGCCACUGCCCUCGAAUGCAUAAAAGAACUCAUCACCAAAUGCAACUAUGACACUCUGAUGCAAUCUAUCGACGACGAAGAUGGAUGGACGUUGUUUGGGGAUAAAAAAACAUUCCCUGAUGGUGUCUGUGCCAUCGCAAGGGCCCUCUGUAAAGCGGUCCCUCAGUUGGUCCCUAAAGUGGUUGAUCACCUGAACCCUAUAUUGUCAACUGUCUACGAUGCACAGAGAAUCGUGGCAGCAGCGUUUUUUGCUGAGUUAAUUGACCAGAAAUGUGGCGGUAAAGUGGAAGUAGUAGAAGUCCUGAUGAAUAGUCUGCUAAGCCGGUUGGUGGAUACAUCGCAGGUGGUUCGUAAGUUCUGUAUCAGAGGACUGGGUAACAUUUCAAGUGUGGAAGACUCUCAGCUUGAAAAAUAUUCUACCACAAUCCUAUCUGCAAUGAUGGCGGGUAUGGAUGACAAAGAUGAUUUAGAAGACGAAAUAACUCUGGAGUCGAUGUCAGGACUUGCUAAGAUCCUGGCCAAACUGGACGAAAAUAACGUGCGGCAAAUACUCAUCAACAUUUGUCUUAGAAUCAGACCUUGCUUUGAAAAGGAAAAAGAUGCUGUUCGAGCUGCUGCCUUUACCUUAUUUGGUAAACUGUCUCGUUUUAGUGACGGGCCCUCAAAAACCCCGUUCUUGGAGCAAAUUCAUACGAACUUUAUUAGUGUUAUGUUACACUUGAAUGAAGAGGUGGAAGUCGUCAAGGCGUGUAAAGGCUGUCUACGGUCCAUCGCUCCUCUUAUGGGUUCCGAGUCUGUUAACGAAAUGUUUCAAAAACAUUUAUUAGAAGAAGGACAUCUUCAUUAUGGCGAGUUCAUGAACGAUCUCUCUAGACUUCUUAUUGUUGAUUUUCCUGAUAAGAUCAAUUUUUACGUGAUGGGCUGCGUUUCAUUCUUUAAAAGUUCUCGAGAUGACAUCAAAGCGAACGCAGCGUUGCUCACUGGUUUUAUUCUCGGCAACCUUCCUCAAGAAAGAAGAGAUGAGAUAUCCAAAGAUCAUGUGUGUGGGGCUCUGAUUCUUUUGCUGAAAGAUCCAUCGGGUCAAGUGAGAUGUAAAGCUGCCGAAGCAAUGAGCUUGCUCUAUGACUACUAGAAAAAAACUCCCAAUUAUAGCUUAAAAGAUAAAAUAGAUAAUUUCAAAGAAAAACAAAUUUAUUGAAAUUAAGGUUGUUUACUUUACAAGAUUGUCCGAAUAUUUUGCGCCAACUGGUAAAGAAAUGAAAACAAAUGCGAGAUUAAUUACUUUAAUAAGAUUUGGUGCCAAAAUGUGACCUUGCGAGACCACUGUCUUUUUCUUUACAUUUUAUGUUCGUUAGUACUUUUCAAUAACGUGAGCGGUCGUAGCUAUUUUCUGCAAUGUUCCCAUCUGAGAAUUUUUGUACACGUAAACAGGGUCGCAUACUAGUGACGGUUAGUGACGGCUGGGGCAGUUUCAUCCUAGAAAAUGUCGCUUUAACCGUUUAGGUUUACGUGACUAAAGAAACCCUAGCAAUUAAUAAAUGAGGUAAUUUCAGAGUUUCGCUGCUGGGCUAAGAGCAUGAUGAAGAUUGCAGAAAUACCUAACAGUCUUCCAGAUUCUAAUAAUGCAAAUCCGCGAAGGGAAUACCUUUAUAAUUUUUGACUGCAUUAGAUAGAAAUUUACCACAUCGAGGUACUUCUUCAUCGCAAAAAUUUAGAAAUUUGACAAAUUAUUGAAACUUUUUCUUGGACAGAAUUAAAAGUAGUUUGAGCCAACGUGGUUUAAAAUAUACAAAAUAGAUUUUUUGCAGGUGUGAAAAUUUUCGAGGUGCCCGUGUCAAUUACACGAAAUUAUGUAUUAAAACAAGCUUGGUAGUUGUUUGUUUUGUUUUCUUCACUGGAAGGAUUUCUAGCCACUCAUAUUGUAGUUAGGACAAGAUUUUGAUGAAGUUCCAAUUUAACUUAGUAAUAAAUACGGUGAAUUCGA